GCAGGUACAUUCAUUCACUAUGCAGUCUGCUCAAUAGACUCACUAAACAAAAGCUCGGCGACACUGAAUCUAACGGCCCGAGUCAAGGGGAGGAAACAUCUCAUCCACGGAAGUUAGAUAAACUUUCUAUGUAUUUUAAAUUCUCACAUAAAGUAGGUCAAAGUCCAGUCGUGCUGGUAACCCGUGCUCAGCUACUCGUGACAGACAUUGAACUGCCUUAUGUCCGUUAACGGAAUCGCGUGAUGACCAAGCAAUGAGAAAACAUGACAUAUGGCAGCGCUUUUUGUGUUAAUGGCGGCUUGAAGAUUACACCGAGCAAUAAUAAUGGUCAUUUUACAUUCAUCCCCCAGCCCCUAAUGUUGUAAAGGGGUUAAAAAUCUAAAACCUCACUGGUCCACAGGUGUGUGGACCACCAGUAUGGACCCCUGGCAAAAUCUAGUGUCCAGAUGUACGGCAUGGUGGCAGAUGCACACGCCGCAUGCUCUGAGAGCUUGUGUGUAUGAAGUGUGUAAACCACUGGUGCCGCUCCUGCUGUGCAUCACGGCCCUGGUGGCUGUGAUUGUGUAUGCGCUGGCCGAUAAUCUACACAGCUUUGUAAGCAGGAUCUUCAUUCCCCAGUAUCACUAUCCUUUUGCGGUGCCAAUUGCAUUCAUACAGGUAUUUCUAAAUCUGCUGGCACUGCUAGCUUUGCACGGUGUGGGUCUGAUCCACCUCAAGCCUUUCUCCCUGAGGCUGGCAGAGCGUUUGUUUGUGCCAGCGGUCUGCGGGAGCGUUCAGUGUGUUUUGGCUGUAUGGGCUGAAGCCUGUACUCACUCUGGCCUGUUCCCGCUGAUUGCCCGGUUCCUCCCGAUGGUCAGCGUGAGCUUGGGUCACCUGUUUGCUCUGAGUAUUCCAGGCUCCAUCCCUGUGUCCUGCUUUCUCACUGUGCUCACUGUCUCCUCCGUCAGCGUCACAGUGUAUAAAGGACUGUAUGCGAUGGAGCCGCUGGAGUUUGUGUAUUCUCCGCUCAGCCUGAUCCUCCACAGCAUCUCUCUGGCCUGGUUAGCUAAAGUGGCCCAAACGGAGCGAAGCAACGCCUCAACCUUUGACCUCUACUACACUCUAACAGUGACCCGAACCCUCUUAUUAGGGUUCCUAUGUGUUCUGCACCCCGAUGGCCCGAAGGCACUGAGUCAGGGCAACUGGCACAGUCUGCUGUUUUGGGGAUACAUGCUUGGGAUGUUGCUGCUUGGUGCCGUGCAGCUUCUUUUUGUGGAUGUAACGGCGCUGUAUUUUUCUGCUCUCCCUGCAGCUGUUCUGCAUGCGACCCGGGGCCUGGUUCUGCCCUUGUUCAGCCUGCUAUAGGACAGACGGGUCAAUCAGAAUGUAGAUCAUUCUGAGGAAAAACAUGCAGUAAUUAACUUAA